ACCUCUUUGUUAAAUCAAUAAAAUUAUUGCCUUAGUAACAUCAUCGUUUUGAGUUUUCAGGUAUAGUUUUCGGAUUAUUAGUUUUUUGUCAAAAUUUUAUACAAAAUUAGAAAAUGUCGCAACUUGACGUUAUUUCUGAUCAUGCCAAAGAGAGUCUGGUUGCUCUACCAAAAGAAAUUUUUAACCAGACAAACUUAAAAAUGUUAUUUAUGGAAGGAAAUUUAAUAUCUGCACUACCAGAAGACUUUUUUCAAAUGUUUCCGCAGUUGAUGUGGCUGGAUUUAAGAAAUAACUCAAUAGAACGGAUACCAACUGGUAUUGCAAAUCAUCCGCACUUGGAAAGUUUACUUUUAACAAACAAUAAGAUAAAAGCUUUGCCAAAUGAACUUGGUACUGUUGCCAAUUUAAAAACUUUACAAAUAAGCAAUAAUCCUUUAUGUUAUCCAUCGCAAAAAAUUGUAUCGGAAGGUACCAACUAUUUAAUUUCUUAUUUAAAAAGUCAAUACGAAAAUGAUUUGCCAGAGUCAUCUAAAUCAGAGCAGUUAAUAAAAGUUUUUGAUCAAGAAAAUGUAAGUGAAAAGGAUACAAAAAAAUCGAAGGAAAAUAAGGAGAUUUUAAAAAAUGUAUAUUCCUCAUCUCAUAUGAUUAAAGAAUUAAGACCGACUCUAUCGGUAAAAAAAUUAUCAUAUCCUAAACUUCAGAAUAAAAAUAUUUAUAAUGACCCACCUAAAAUUGUUCACAAAAUAACCAAGGAUCCAUCAAAAAUAUGUUUGAAAUCAUAUUACAAAAAGGAAGAUAUCGAUGAAGAAAAUAUCUCAAAACACACUUUAAAAGACAUGUGGUUGGAAAAACUAAAAAUAUUGUUAAAUGAUCAAGAAAAAAUACUUCAACAAGAAAAAAAUUUAAAUUCCUUAGCAUCGUGGAGAUUAACGAAAAAAAAGGAAUCGCUAAGAAAUAUACCGAAAGAACAAUCGGAAGUAAAACCACCAUUUGGAACGAGUGCUGAAUAUAAUAAAAUGUUAUCUCGUGAGGAUAUAUCAAAGGAACUUAAUGAUUUCUUAAAGGAAAGAAAUUUAUCAGCAAAAUCAAAAGGAACCGCAACAAAUAUUGAUGUUGAAAGCAUAAUAAACGAUUUAGUUAUGCAAUUAAAGGACAUGGAUAAUGCGCAGUCUCCUGGGACAGAACUCGAACGAGCAGGAUAUCAGAUGAAAAUGAUAAUGGACAUUCACAAGAAGAUUAUUCAACUUCAAGGAAGUAGUGAAUUUCGUUAAAUGACAAUAAAACAUUUUAAAACUUAGCAAUAUAUAUUUUAUAAAUUAAAAAUCAUAUUUUAGUAUAAUCUACCUACUAAAUAUAUCAAUAAUACGCAAACAGACUGGUAAAAAUGAAUUUAUAAAUAGGAUAAAUAUAACUAAAUUAAACAAAAAAUAAAUCAGUCAUUAAAAUAUUUCACAUGUGCAUUAAAAAGUACGGCCCAUUACAGUUUUUCCUUUAAUAGUUUCUUGAGUGUUCUCUACAAAACCCAAUUUUCCAUAAAAUGCAUGAGUGUAACUAUCACAAGUAUUCAUUAUUACGUGAACCCCAAAGCAACCUAAAAUAAAAAUAAUUCGGUUUAAAUUAAAUAAAAUUUAAUAAAAAUGCUUACCAUUGGCUCUAAGGGCUGCCAAUAAGCAGGUGACUAAACGUUUGCUAACUGAUUGAUCAAGUACGGAUGGUAGAAGACUACAGAUCAUACUGGAAGGAUGUGUUGGGCUAUUUACAUACAUUUCAUUUGCGAAAUUAUGAAAAUGUGAUAUGCUUUCCUAAAAACAAAAUUAAAAUUAAUACAUACAGGAUCAAAUACAAAAUCAUACUUGUCCGAAUUUGGGCAAGUCCUUGCCGAGAUUCAACGGAUACUUUUCGCACAUUUCCGGGAUCCACGCGAUUUCCUGUUUGACGCGGAACUUCUUGUAAUCCGGAGUUGCGCACGCAUAUCCGACGAUACCCACGUCGUCUUCAACAACCAUGCAAAAUUCGGGAUGCAAAGUUAAAUAUGGUCCGAUGAUGCGAUCAGCGUGGACAUUUUUCAAGUUUUCUGGGUACACGUGGGGGUCUUCUAAACCGUCUUUGCAAGUUUUGGUGCACACGUUGUAAACGUGCUUUUCAUCGGUGCACAAAUACGGCCUAACCGUAAACACCCGACAUGUGGGUAUAUCUGGCACUUUGUAAACAAACAGGUCAUUCCCUGAAUCAACGGGGAUUAA